GACCUUGGAAGCCUGGAAUCCUCCUCCAUCCUCGGGCGGAAAUCAGAGCAAUGUUCCCUGUCCAGGAAGAAGCUGACCGGACGGUGUUCGUGGGGAACUUGGAGGCCCGAGUCCGGGAAGAAAUUCUUUAUGAGCUGUUCCUCCAGGCUGGACCAUUAACCAAAGUGACAAUAUGCAAAGACAGAGAAGGAAAACCAAAAUCUUUUGGAUUUGUCUCCUUUAAACACAUGGAAUCAGUGUCUUACGCCAUUGCUUUAUUGAAUGGAAUUCGUUUAUAUGGAAGACCAAUUAAUGUGCAGUAUCGAUUUGGAAGUGCUCGCUCUUCUGAACCUGCUCACCAAAGUUUUGAAAGCUGUGUUAAGAUAAACUCAUACAGUUACAGAACUGAAGAACUUGUGGGCAGGUCUGCAUUUCCCCUGCAGUUCUUUCCAAUUAAUAAUGCAGCUUUACCUCAGGAAUGUUUCUCCUUUUCAAAGAUGCAAUGGCAAACAUAUAACACAAUGCUGCAACUUCCCUACUAUGAAAUGACCACACCGCUUCCUAACAGCCCAUCCAUGUCUUCCUCACUGAAUCUUGCUACAGAACUAGAGGCUGUACCAAGCUCCUAUGAGUGGACUCAUCAACAACCAAGUGACUCUGUCUUUCAUCCGCUGAAUAAGCGAAAGAGGCAAAAACAAACAAGUGAUAGUGAUAGUAGCACAGAAAGCCAAAGAGGAAGUGAGCAUAGUCAGAAGUUCCGAAAGUGUAAAAAGAAGAAAAGACAUUAAUAAUUCGAUCAGUUGGAAG